AUGGUUUAUGAAUCUCCUAAAACACUGGAGGUUUGCAAUUUCAAAAAAGAAAAUAACAAAGUUAGCCGUUUGCAAAGAGCUCAAUGGCUUCGAGCUGCCAUUUUAGGAGCCAACGAUGGGUUAUUAUCCACUACAUCUCUCAUGAUUGGUGUUGGUGCAGCUCAAGAGGAUCAAUGGUUCAUGAUCCUUUCUGGUGUUGCCGGAGCAGUCGCCGGAGCUUGCAGCAUGGCUGUGGGUGAAUUCGUUUCAGUUUCAACUCAAAGAGACAUUGAAAUUAAUGUGAAUCAAGAACACCAAUCAAAAGAAAACUCAAACUUACAACAAAUCAAGAUUGAAACCCCUAAAAAUGAUCAACCCAUUGCUCCGGUCAGAUCUCCGGCGAUGAAGGUGGUGACAAAGAUGAAAGAAGAAGAAGAAAAGGAAGUUUUACCGAAUCCUUACAAGGCGGGGGCGGCUUCUGCAUUGGCGUUUCUGUGUGGUUCUUUGUUUCCUUUGGUGGCGGCUAUGGCGGUUGGUGAUUAUACUGCUAGAAUUGUGGUGGUUGUGGUGGUGGCGUCGGUGGCGUUAGCUUUGUUUGGCGGGAUUGGGGCGGUGGUGGGUGGGUCUUGUGUGAGGUCUUCUGCGACUAGGGUUCUGGUUGGAGGGUGGAUUUCCAUGGUUGUUAGUUAUAGUUUGUUAAAGCCAUUGGAUGGUAUUACUGAUAAGAAAAUGGGUAAAAGUGAUUGA